GUUCGCUGAGGACCAUGUCUUCUUCACCUUCUUGGGGAAGUGCCAAGAAUUCAAAAGGUCGAGUACUUAGUUCUUUCCGAAUGCUUCCUGAGAUGAAUCGUGAUCUCCUUCCUUCGAUCUGACACUUGAAUUGGAGUAUUGCCUUCGAGAGCGGCAGGUGUGCUUCAUGAUGAUAGACUCCCGAUUCGAUGACUCAGUAAAAGCAGUAGAGAUGAUCUUUGCUCGUCACAGGAAUGAAUGAAGAAUGGCGCUUCUACGUUGUCGUCAGGUUCUUCCACUGGGUGGUUUGCGAGUAGAGCUCUUGUAUUUCGGUGAGAGCCACGUAUACGGAGCUGGCGGUGUGCCAGCACUGCUUGGUGCAUGGGAGCGCAGCAAUGGAUGCAAAUUAGACGCUUUCUGCAUCGAGAGUCACCCCACUGAACUACGUCGAUUUUGGGAAGUCACGCCUGGACUAAGCUCAAUUUUGCUAAAGUUUCGCCGGGUUUACUGUCUAGACCGUCCGGCAUCGACAACGCAACGGCGAUUGCGCGCCGCUGCCCAACCACUUGAGUUGCUGCGUUCCCGGCGACACCGCGGAAGCGCAAAACUAAUCUCGUCGGAUGGGGAUCCUACGUUAGGAGAGAAUCCUUCGUUAGGAGGAAAAGAAAAAUCGCGAACUAAGUAUUCUAGAGGGGACGUUCAAGGAAGAGCCUGCGGGGCAGGAGUGCAGGCCCUCGAAGGCCCACAUGACACUCGCUUGAACAGCACGCCGUUUCAUUCGGAAAAUGGUAAAGAAGCGGACGUGCUGCCAACCGAGAAGAGAACAGGUUUGAUGGAGGGCGGAGCACUUCGUCCGACCAAUCCUGCUCUUUUGCCAACGAUGGAGAGCUUUGCUCGCCUGGGACAGUGGCGGGCAGAUUUCCAACGGGAUUGCGAGAACUGUUUUCGCGUCCUACAAUCUGAGCGGGAGGAGCUCAUGGCAUUGCGGUUAAUGCUGGCGUGCGAAGACCUUAGAGCCGCUGCAGUCGAAGAAACCAAUACUAGUACGAUUCCUCGCGCAGUGAGUGCGGCCUCUGAUCAAUGCUGCGAGGGCAGACCAACAAAAAGACAAAGUGGGGAGGGUAAAUCGGUUCUGCCACUCGAUGCCGUUCUGUUGCAGCGUCGGCAACGAGAGAUUUUGCCUCCCUCUAUUGACAUAGAGCGACGCUUAACGCAGCCACGCCAAGUGCUGCGGUUGGGGAUUCUUUGUGGUGCGUCUCACAUAUAUGGUUUGGCUUCAAGUCUCGAGCGACUGCGAGGCUGCAACGAUUUUUGGCUCGCAAAUAGGCUUACUCUGCCGAUGCUGGCUGCUGAUCACCAGGCUUCAUGCUGUGAAGAAAUGAGCUGCUCGAUGAGUCGGCGUGAGAGAGAAGAACAAGGGGAAGGGAGGUACUUUAGUGCUGACGGGAAACGAAACGAAAUUCGGGAUCUCGAUGAACGCACAAGUACCUCUGCCAUGCUGGAUGUUGGCCGACAAUUACAGGAAGCCCUUUUUCCUUUGCUCAAGAUUGACCCGAUUAAAACCGAGUGGAAUGACUUUCACGGCAAUGCCUUUGAGCGUGUUAGGGAGUUGGAAGACGGUGGUGGCCCGUCACUGUAUCCGUUCUUAUUGCUCGGCCAUGUUGUUUUCGCGUCAGUGUGCUUCUACAUUCCGUAUCAAGCUGAUAUGUAUCUCUUUCGUAAAAAGAUGGCCGGAAUGGCAAAAUUAGAAACCACAACAGAACCUCCUAUGCAAUCAGAAAGCAGAACAGAAAAAUCCAGCACAGAAGAUCAUGCCCACCAAUCCAUACAUAUUGCAAACAAGGAAGCACGACCACAUGAUAAGAAUGUAGUUGAGUUGAUAUCU